AUGCCAAGGUCUCCGCGCGGUCAUCGUACCAAGACCGACGACGUCCGCGUGAGAAAAGCUAGCGUUUCUCCGUCGGCACUGAACUCGUCGACAUUUUGCGUGGCGAGCCACCAAGAAAACGCGCCACCAGCUUGUGCGCGCCCACCUGCGGCUGUAGCCAGUCACGUCCUGCAGUUGAAGCGCGCUCGGAUGUUCAGAAAACCCAGGUCAAGUGGUUCCACGGCCAGUAAAGUGACGGCGCCGCUUUCUGAUUUCAGUCUCAGCUGGAUGCGCGGAGGCGUUUUUCAUCGCGAUCGAUUUCUCAGGUCCAUCUGGAAGCUCGGCGUGGUACACAGCGUGUCGCGCGUGACCACGGUGGUCAGACAAGUUGGUUUUUGUAUGCGGCGUUUGCAGUCAAGUAGUGGCUCCAGGAGAGUGAGUGAGUACCUGCUUCAGCACUGA